AUGACGACUCGUCCGACCGUCUCCAUUCAUGGCGCCGAUGGUGCCGCUUGCGGAACCACCGCUACUCUCCCGGCUGUUUUCAAGUCCCCCAUCCGACCGGAUAUCGUCCAGCAGGUCCACACCGGAAUGGCUAAGAACAAGAGGCAGCCGUAUGCUGUGAGUGAGAAGGCUGGACAUCAAACCUCUGCUGAGUCUUGGGGAACUGGUCGUGCUGUUGCCCGUAUCCCUCGUGUCUCUGGUGGUGGUACCCACCGUGCUGGUCAGGCAGCCUUCGGUAACCAGUGUCGUUCCGGUCGUAUGUUCGCCCCUACCAAGGUCUGGCGUAAGUGGCACGUAAAGGUCAACCAAGGACAAAGGCGUUUCGCUACUGCCUCUGCCCUCGCUGCAUCCUCUGUCGCUCCUCUUGUCCAGGCCCGUGGCCACCGCGUCUCUGGCGUUCCUGAACUCCCGCUCGUCGUUGCCGAUUCCGCAUUCAGUUCCAUGGAGAAGACCCGUGCUGCUGUCGCCCUCUUGAAGUCCGUCGGUGCCUACACUGAUGUCGUCAAGGUCAGCAAGUCCAAGAAGCUUCGCGCUGGAAAGGGAAAGCUUAGGGGCCGCCGUCACAGGCAGCGCCGUGGCCCUCUUCUCAUUGUCAACCCAGCCGAUGAGAGCGCUUCUGGUGUCGUCAAGGCUUUCCGCAACAUUCCUGGUGUCGAGACUGCCCCCGUAACAGCCCUCAACCUCCUCCAACUUGCCCCUGGUGGUCAUCUCGGUCGUUUCGUUAUCUGGACCGAGUCUGCAUUCAAGGCCCUUGACACUAUCUACGGAACCACCACCACACCUUCGGCUCUCAAGAAGAACUACCUUCUUCCCUCGAACGUUGUCACCAACUCUGACAUCGGCCGUCUCAUCAACUCUGCUGAAGUCCAGGCUGUUGUCAGGCCUGCUAAGGGUGGUGCUAGACAGAAGAAGGGUGGAAAGGCUGGUGUGCUCAAGAAGAACCCUCUUAAGAACAAGCAGGUUCUUCUUAGGCUCAACCCUUACGCAAAGGCUUUUGCUGCUGAGAAGCUUGGAAGUGUCAAGGUCGAGGCUUCAACAGAGAGGCCAGGAAAGUCCGAGACUUUCAAGAAGAUCAUCAACACCGAUUAA